CAGGUGUGGAGGAGGAACAAACUCAUGAAGAAGAUCCCAGUCCUCUGCUCAGCCAACAUCAGGGGACCAGGACAAGAGCAGCCUCUCACCACUUCCUGUUCCACUUGAAGACUAGAGGAAGACGCACGCUUGCUUCAGUCUCCUCACAUCGCCCCUGGUGACUUCAGCCAAACAGGAUUCAACUGUGUUUUGAGCGCACCAGUUUGGGAUGGAGCUCCACAUGUGGACAUCCGGCCUGCUGGUCUUUGCCGUAGUGCUUUCCCCGGCAGAGGCGUUAGCCUUGAAUGACCCUCAGCUGUGCUACAUCCUGGACGGCUUCCUGGGGCUGUAUGGACUCAUCAUCACUGGCAUGUUCAUCAAGGAGAAGUUCUUUACAACCAAAGCGAAGGUGAAGCAGGACAGCAUCUACACCGAUCUGAGAGGCCAGGAUAGUGGUGGCUAUGCCCCGCUGAUGAGAAGAGACCCCGAGAGUGGCGGGCGGAACCGCCGGCCGGUUGAUGAUGCCACCUACACGGACUUGAACAAACGUCCAGGCGAUGAAUACAAAGAGCUUCCAAUGAAAAGAGAACGUCAGAGGAAGAACGACCAGGUUUAUGAGGGUCUGAGCGCAGCCACGAAAGACACCUACCAGACCCUCGAGAUGCAGCCGCUUCCUGCUCGCUAGCAUCACCAGGGUCUGGUUCUUGACAAAGUAUUAUGGCUGAUGUUCUGGUUUUAUGAAGACAAGACUUGAAACGCUUAGUUUAAAGAUUCAUCUUUGAAGGUUUGGUGAGGUCCAAACAUGGCCAAGUCAAAAAUAGCCACACAUUUGUAUUUAUAUUCCCUUUAUUUUUUUUUUCAGUUUUUACUGACUCCUCUGGAUGCAUUUCAUUUAGUCAGUUCCUCGUGUUUCAGUCAU